CGCGAAUGUUGUUAUCUUUAUUUUGAUGGUCGCCUUCCUAUUUAACAAGGUAGCAACCUGAGUGAGACGGAGCCCCCGUUACUUCAGAAUGAGCGACCGACUCCAGAAUGUCUACGGUUGCGAGAAUCGAGAUAAUUACUGGAAAGCCUCGCGCGUUUUCCCUUUUCCCAUUUCCCUUUCUAACGAUGGUCCACACUUCCUAACCCCGGCUAUGACACCCGGAGCACCGAUAGCACCGGAAGGGAGUCGCCGGACAUGGGUGGAAGCUCAGCGUUGCACUCGCUCGAGCGCCAAUCGCAGCAGCAGCACCUGGCAGGGAAUGCGCAGCCUACAUAGAUAGUACUGCGGUACAUGUUAUGAGACAGUUCGUGGGCAAAUCGCGAGCCCCUGACGGUGAGCGGGGUUAUCCGUUGAAGGGUAUCCGUUGAAGGGCACGAAACCUCUCCGACUCCCGAGGCCUGGAAGCCCGAGACGCGACUCUUGGGCUUAAGGCGCGAUGGAGACCUUCGAUUGCGUCGUUGUGGGUGCCGGAUGGUACGGGCUGGGAGCGGCCAAGCAAUACCGCUUCACCAACCCGGGGAGUUCGCUGGUGGUGUUUGACGGGCAGUCCACGCUGGGCGGCACUUGGGCCGCGGAGCGCCUGUAUCCGGGCCUCAGGAGCAACAACCUUUUGGGGACUUACGAAUAUCCCGACUUUCCCAUGAGUACCGCCAGGUUCAAAGUCCCCGUCGGCAGCCAUAUUCCCGGAGAAGCCAUCCACGAGUACCUCAAGGCAUAUGCAGCCGAGUUCGGUAUCGCCGACCAUAUUCGGUUGCGCACGAGGGUCCUGUCGGCCGAGCACGUGGACGAGGCCGGAGGAGGUUGGAUUUUGACCGUCGCCUCCACGGGCACAGGCACGGGCACGGGCGACGACCAGGGGCAGCAACAGACGCGUGUCAAGGCGCGCCGGCUCAUUGUCGCCACGGGGUUGACUUCGGAGGCCUUCCUCCCGCAUUUCGACGGGCAGGAGACCUUCGGCGGUCGCGUAUUCCACGGCAAGCACUUCCAGCAAAACCGCGACACGUUGAAGACCGCCAAGUCGGCCGUGGUGUUUGGCGGCACCAAGUCUGCCUGGGACGCCGCUUAUGCCUACGCAACUGCAGGCGUGGAGACGCACAUGGUCAUCCGGUCAUCCGGCCACGGGCCCUGUUGGAUGUCGCCGCCGUACGUGACGCCGCUGAAGCGAUGGAUCGAGAAACUUGCCAACAUACGUGCCCUCACCUGGUUCAGUCCCUGCGUCUGGGGCAGCGCAGACGGCUACGUCCGGAUCCGCAACUUCCUGCACGGCACCACGCUGGGCCGGAAGAUUGUCGACAUCUUCUGGAGCAUACUCGGCGGCGACGUCAAGUCGCUGAACCGAUUCGACUCGCACCCCGAGACGGCCAAGCUCAAGCCUUGGCUCGACGCCAUGUUUGCGGGAACCAGCUUCAGCAUCCUCAACUACGAGACCGACUUCUUCCAGCUGGUCAGGGACGGCAAGAUCCGCGUCCACAUCAGCGAAAUCACCCGUCUCAGCCCUGGAAAGGUGCACCUCUCGGACGGCGUCCAGCUGGCAGCCGACGCCUUGCUCGUCAACACGGGCUGGAAACAAGUCCCUCCCAUCCGGUUUCUCCCCGAGGGCAUCGACAAGGAGCUCGGCCUGCCGCACAUCCCGGACGGCUAUGACAACAGCAACAGCAACGGCAACAGCGCCCCCGGAGUGACAGACGACCUCGCGGGUGAGCAGGGCGCGAUCCAGCAGGCCGACUCGCAGAUCCUGGAGCGCUUCCCCCGGCUCCGGAAGCAGCCGGUCUGGAACCGGGCGUACACGCCGCUGACGGAGCGGGCGGGCGUCGGGACGGCCGAGGCGGUGACGCCGAGCACGCCGCUGGCCCCCUUCGUGCUGCACCGCUUCAUGGUGCCGCCGUCCGCGCGCUUCCUGCGCACUCGCGACGUGGCCUUCGUCGGGAUGGUGUCCAACUUUAGCAACGUCAUCACGGCGCACCUGCAGGGUCUCUGGGUCGGCGCGUACUUUCGGGGCUUGUUGCCGCUUGCGGGCCCGGCCGCCGGUCUGAACGGCGACGGUGGCGACGGCGACGGCGGCGACGGCGGCGGGGAUGAUCUCGAGGCUCUCCGCCGCGAGGCGCUGCUGCACAACCGGUUCGGGCGGUGGCGGUAUCCUGUGGACUGGGGCAGCAGCCGCGCGCCGAGCUUCAUCUUCGAUGCGGUGCCGUACUUCGAUCUGCUGCUGCGCGACCUGGGGCUCGAGACGUACCGGAAGGGGGGCGUGCUCGCCGAGGUGCUCAGCCCUUACGGGCCGGAGGAUUACCAGACCGUGAACGAGGAGUGGGCGGCGAAGGUGCAGGCUGCUCUGUGAUGGAGCAGCACGGAGAAUUUCCGCGUUGAAAUUGUUGGAUUCGCUUUUCUUUUCUUUUCUUUUCUUUCUUUCUUUCCCCCA